UCUCUUCGUUCCCACCUACCUACCCUUCCCAACCCAUCUACCCACAGACCGCAGCCAUAUAAAACCUUGUGUUCUCUGCCAUUCCUGUUUUCUCUCAGCUUGAAAGGGUUCUUCUUCUCAAGCUUUUACCAGUUCAUCGCAACCCCUCCUCCUCGUCCUCUUCCAUCUAAGUUUUCUUCUGUUAUAGCUAUAUAUAUAUAUUGCGUCUUAUAGAUGUCACCAAUGGCGGCGACCAUGCUUUCUUGUGCGCCAAAGCAUGUCUUUAGUCCCACCAUCCCGCCGCCGGACCACCAGGCAGCUCCUCCUACAGCGAUCCCCAAGCACCGCCCGGCCAUCCGGCGUGUCUUCUCUACCGCCCUCCGCCCCACCGUUCGAUCCAUCUACCUACCGGACUCCUCCUCCGCCUCCCCCUUCCAUGACGCUGUCGGCUCCAGCCGCUCAGACUGGCAGACCAACUUCGCCAUUCUCGCCAGCAAGGCCUCUUCCUACUCCUCUUCUCCUUCAUCUUCCAGUAAGGACGGCGCCGCUUCCAGUGAAUCCACCAAUGGCAACGAUGGUAACCAGUACCACUUGGUGAGUCCUCCUCCUGUUAACGGCCCGAAUCAGAGCUCGGCGACUCUCGACCUGGUGCCGGUGACCAACCUUCCCCGGCCGCUCUCCAUCUCCUACCUCUCGCCGGCCCCGAAGCAUGGGUCCCGGCUCCGCGUGGCGUACCAGGGCGUCCCGGGGGCAUACAGCGAGGCGGCAGCAGGCAAGGCCUACCCCAACUGCGAGGCCAUCCCCUGCGACCAGUUCGAGGUGGCCUUCCAGGCGGUGGAGCUCUGGAUCGCGGACAGCGCCGUCCUCCCGGUGGAGAACUCCCUCGGCGGCAGUAUCCACCGCAACUAUGACCUUCUCCUGCGCCAUCGGCUCCACAUCGUGGGCGAGGUUCAGCUCCCCGUCCACCACUGCCUCCUCGCCCUCCCGGGCGUGCGCAAGGAGCAGCUGACCCGGGUGAUUAGCCACCCUCAGGCGCUCUCCCAGUGCGAACUGACGCUGACGGAAAUGGGCCUCAGCGUGGUGCGGGAGGCCUUCGACGACACGGCAGGCGCCGCCGAGUACGUGGCCAACAACGGCCUCCGUGACACGGCGGCCAUCGCGUCGGCGCGGGCCGCGGAGCUGUACGGGAUGCAGGUGCUAGCCGACGGCAUCCAGGACGACAGCGGGAACGUGACGCGCUUCGUGAUGCUGGCGCGGGAUCCCAUCAUCCCACGCACUGAUCGCCCCUUCAAGACCAGCAUUGUCUUCGCCCACGACCGGGAAGGCACGUCCGUCCUCUUCAAGGUGCUCUCCGCCUUCGCCUUCCGGGACAUCAACCUGACCAAGAUCGAGAGCCGGCCGCACCGCCACCAGCCGCUGCGCCUGGUGGACGACGCCAACGUCGGCACCGCCAAGCACUUCGAGUACAUGUUCUACAUCGAUUUCGAGGCGUCCAUGGCGGAGACCCGAGCGCAGAACGCCCUCGCGGAGGUCCAGGAGUACACCUCCUUCCUCCGCGUCCUCGGCAGCUACCCCAUGGACAUGACCCCCUGGGCGGCAUCGUCCACCACCAACUCCUCGGCUUCGUCUUGACUCUUCAGAUCUGGCCGUUCGUUUCCUCGCAUCGCCGAUCCGACGGAGGCGAUCGGUCAAAACCAAACCCCUUCUUCUUCUUUGUUUAUCGUCGCAGAGUACGUGACGACAUGUGAUACGAUCGUCACCAACCCACCCACCAUGGCGUUUAAUUACUGUGUUGCCGGCCAUGAAAACAAUGUAUAUUUUUUCCCUUAAAAUUAUACGAAAAUAAGUGUCA